GGGCGGUACUAACUGUUGAGCAAUCGUGACGUCGAUAUAUUUCAGCCAAUCAAAGCGCCGUGGGCGGGACUAAAGAUGAACGAGCGGAAGAUUCAAAACGAAGAUGGCGGCUGAAAACAACAAUCACAAACUAAGCAGAAGUGGGACCAAAUGCAGUGUUUUUAACAGCCAGGAAAAGCCAAGCCCGAGCCAACCCGUGAUCUUUAACCCAGACUUCUUUGUGGAGAGGCUGAGACAUGAGUACCCUCAGCCAUUCGCGGAUUUGAUACUUAGCAAUAUCACUCGACUCAUUGACCUUCCAGGUGAUGAGUUUGCCCAGCUCACUGGAGAGUGUGAGGCCAAAGUGCCCUCCGCCACUGGCUUUCUCCGCUCCUUCAACUUCCUGAAACGAAAAGACAAAGGAGUGGUUUUUGGUGCACCGUUAACUGAAGAAGGAAUUGCACAGAUCUAUCAGCUCAUUGAAUACCUGAGUAAAAACCUCCACGUGGAGGGGUUGUUCCGUGUGCCAGGCCACAGCCUAAGGCAGGCAGCCCUGAGGGAGAUGCUGAAUGCUGGGGCAGAGAUAGAUCUUGAGACAGGCGACUUCCACCCCAAUGAUGCGGCCACAUUGCUCAAAGCCUACCUGGGAGAGCUGCCAGAGCCACUGCUCACGCACAGACACUAUCAUGCUCACCUGAAGAUUGGAGAGCUCACUCGCUUUGAUGAUAAGGGGAAUAAGACAAAUGAGCCUGACAAGGAACGCCAGAUUGAGGCAUUUCAGCUGCUUUUCAUGCUGCUCCCAGCCGCCAACCGCAGCCUGUUAAAGCUGCUGCUGGACCUGCUGUACCACACCGCUCGAAAUCAGCACAUCAACAAGAUGUCUGCCAUCAAUCUAGCCACAAUGUUUGCUCCACACAUCAUCUGGCCCAAAAAUGUGAUGGCAAGUGACCUCCAAGGAAACAUUGAGCAGCUGAAUAAAGGCAUAGCGUUCCUCAUCAGACACUCUCAAAAACUGUUCAAGGCGCCGGUGUACAUCAAAGAAUACACCCGCUUAUUCUUCACAGGAUCCAAUACCCUUCAAUCAAAGGAUGACUUGACGCUCUGCUCUGGGUCUAAAGAUGGGCCGGUGUCCACGGUAACCGCUGCCUCCCCUUCUUCCUCCUUGAGAUCAAUCGGAGGUGAGGUUAGCAGCACCUCUACCACCGGCUCUUAUGUGAAUCAAAGUUACACUGAAUCUGCCCUUCGAGAGCUGUACCAACAGGUGCACAGCAUGCCCGAAUCAGCCAAAAAGAAGAAGCUCAUCAGACAGUUUGAUAAGCAGCAUUUGCUGACACCUUCAGCGGACUCUCGGACACCAUUCAGCAGGAAACAUUGGCGUUCACGCUCUUUGGGUGGAAUUAUCAAGAGAAAGGUGUUGGGAAGCCAAGUGUUAACAGACAAAGAGAACAGCAUACUGCAGAGUCCUCAACCCAGCGGUCAGGUGACGGCCAGGGAAGAGAAAACACAAGCUGUGGAGGAGAUAAGUCAUCUUUAAAAGUAUGUGCUCUUCACAACUAAGGAAACACGCCGACUGUUGUCUUUAGAGGUAUAAAAGGAUCUUCUUGAGGCGUCGACACAAACUAAACAGUGUAUGGCGCUGUACAGCUUUGUUUUGAUACAAUGUUUGGAUUUGUACUCAGCUGUUAGCGUAGUACGUUGGCUAGAAACCACCAACAUUUCUUCGCAGUUUACUAAGUUUUACUUAAAGCUAAGAGACAUAAAAGGGGUGAAUGUGAAAGUGAAGAUGAUUAAGUACUUAAUUUUAAGUCAUUGCAAUUUGCCAGUUUUCUUGUCCAGUCUUAAUGCCAAUAUUUCUUGUUUAAUCCCAAUAUUCAGCAGAAUGCAACUGACCUGUAUUUUCAACAGUGAAUUUGUUGGUAUUUAGCUCCAUCAUUGACUGAAACAUGUUUAUUUAAUUUGCAAACCUAAUUGUAUUUAUUUUAUUGGUCACCUGCAUGUUACAAUUCCUGGAAUAUCCAGUGCAUCAGAUGAUGUGCAGCCUUUUCUAUUUAAAUGUUACAUUUGUUUGUAAGGCAUAGUAGGUUUAGUGAGACUCACACAGUCAAAACAGACUGUGGUGAAAACUGAGAUGUGCCUUAAGUGAAUAUCUCUUAAAUUACUGUAAAAUGCAAUUUUUAUUUAACUAUUUCUCUUUAAAUCCCAGAUAGCUUUAAGAAAGUGGCUGACAGUUCUAUAAAGAAUUAACCCAAGUGUCAGUAAAAUAAGGGCGUAAAGAUUAAUAUAGAAUCAAGAAUGGAGGAUCGGAAGGCCAAAGAAUCAGCUUGUGUGGAUAAAUGUUUUUGUCCUUGUUUCAACUAACUCAAAUUUUUGUUGUCAAUGCUGUGAUGCUUUAAACUACUGCUACUUUUAACUACUUGUUAGUUUUGCAUCUCAUAUUUUAGUUUUUCUCAGGACGGAUUCUUAUGCAACACUGUAUACAGUUUUAUAGCUAUAUACGCAUUUGUUCUAUACAGUUCAUCUUUUUUUUAUUUUCUUUUACUUUUUUACUAUUUUAUGGUAUAUUUUUAAAAAUCUUUUUUAUUGUCAAAGGUUAGUUAAAUGUGAAUGAAGAUGAAUUUGUUGUUUGCCUCAUAUUUUGCUUCUUAAUCCAGAUGCUUUUGGGAGAGUUUGAGCUACUGUCACUUUUAAAAUCAGCUUGUUGUCUUUCUGUAGAAGUUUCCAUAUCAAUACUCACUCUGCCAAACUGUUACAAUUCAACUAUAAUGUGAUAUUUGCCUACAUGGUCAACUUAAUUGGCCCAGUAAACCAAUGAUAUAUAUGGAUGCUACUGUGAAGCUAUGCAACCCACUGCAAUUAAAAUGCAUCAAGCUGA